AUGUCGGACAUGGGGAAACUGCGGGACCAGCCCGAGAUGGUCGACGAGUUCUACACUUCGAAUGUGACCUACCAAAUGGCCAGGGAGGCCAGCAAGCUGCCCCACGAGUGCUGCGCGGAUCUGAUGCGUUUCCGCCCGGAGGACAUCAAGAAGGCGGUGCCCAUAAACGUGGACCUGUGCAACGUAUUCGGGCUGCGCUAUGCAGUCGUAGAUGUGGCCAUGCUGGGCCUCCGACAUGUGGCCGACUGUGAGUCGAAGGCGGAUCUGGACGCCAUGAAGCAGGCUCUGAUCCAGGUGGAUUCCCACUUCGAGAAGCAGCUGUCCAAGCCCGAUCACAGUCUGCCGCACGUGUUCGUCGAGCUCUUCAUGCGCUUCCGCCGCAACUAUUCGACGCCCCACUUGAUGUCCGCCGAGGAGCUAAUCUCCGAUUCGAGCCCCUGGGUCGUCACCACAUAUAACAUACGCAAAUUCAAUGUUUUCACUGAAAAAUAA